CAGCGACUUGCCGGUUUGGGGCGGUCGGGGGUGUGUGGCCAUGCCUAGAUUGCUGCCGGAACCAUGUCUGCACCUCCUGCCUUGCAAAUCCGGGAGGCAAACGCACACCUGGCGGCCGUGCACCGACGCGCAGCGGAGCUGGAAGCGCGGCUGGACACGGCGGAGCGCACAGCACGCCACGACCAGCAGCUGCGCGCUGCCCUGGACGAGCUGGGCUGCGCCAAGGACUGAUGAGGCCCGAUUGUCACUCUCCGGGAGCAGCUGCUGACUUCUGAGGCUACUGUCCACAGGCCGGCCGCUGUGCACCAGAGGGAUGAGUUCAUCAGACACUUGCAGCCCUGGGCUGAGAUGCUGCAGGACAUCUGUUACUGCCGGCUGCCCCUGGCCAGGCUGCUGGCUGCCCUGGCUGAGGCUGAGCGCCUGGGACCUCUGCUAGUCAGUGACCCCAACUACCCACUCCCUGGUGUGCCUGACCUACCCCUUACUAAUAGCACUGGGGAAGAAGGGGACAUGGACCAGCUCCAGCCUGCGGUAUUUGGGACUACAGUGUGA